CUCUCCAUAUCUCUCGCUCAUCGUCUCAUCCGCCUGCCUCUUCCAGUCCCAGCCACAAAAGUCUUCAUCUCACCUCUCUCUCUCCCCUCAACGUCCGCCACUUGCUGCCGCCGCUUGCUGCCGCCACAACUAGUGCUUGAUGCCGCGUUUUUUGGAGUUUCACCCUCUCCUCUCUCCUCUUUGUCACAACACAAAACCCACAACACAAAAUCCACCACCAUUUCAGCUUUUUAUCUUCAAGCAUCUCUGUUUUUGCUGCCACCCAGGUCAGAUCUUCAAGGUGUUGUCUCUGCCUUCAUUUCCCGGUGGUCGAUUACUCUAUUAGACUUCGCAGGUACACUAUGGCAUUCAUUGUGAUCAUUUUAAUUCUAGCUGGGAUCACCACAUUCGCUUCCACCACCACCACAACCAACUCCACCAAGCUAGAGCUGCUACAUAGAGAAAGAAAUGACAACUAUAGCCAUUGGUUUCAACAAAGAAUGAAACGUGAUGCCAAAAGGGUUGCGUACCUUAUGAAUCACAUGGAGCAAGUCGAUUUUGUGGGAGAAGUUGUUUCUGGUGUGAAUGAAGGAGUUGGUGAGUACAUCAUUCCGAUAGAGAUAGGUUCCCCACCAAUAGCCCAACAUGUAAUCAUGGACACUGGGAGUGACCUAAUCUGGGUACAAUGCCAAAAGUGCCAGCAAUGCCAUAGCCAAUUUGACCCUAUUUUUGAUUUGGCACGAUCUUCUAGUUACACAGAAAUACCAUGUGAUUCUUCAGCUUGUGAUAGACUCAAUGGAAAGCAGGAUUGUGAUCACGAGCGUAGUUGCUCAUACCGGGCAUCAUAUGCUGAUGUGUCUGAGUCCAAGGGAACCCCUGUGUUUGAAACUAUAGUGUUUGGGGACGUCAGAAUCCUAAACAUGGCUAUAGGGUGUGGUUAUACGAACAAGGGCACAUUUGGUCAUCAGGCUGGGAUUAUGGGAUUGGGAGCUGGACCCUUAUCCCUUGUGUAUGAGAUUCCAGUUGGUGGAUUUUUCAGCUAUUGUUUACCCAGCAGAGACAGCCAGGUGUCUGGAUCACUUGUGAUAGGAAAAGAAGUUAUCUCAACAGGUUCUGUAUGGGUUUCUUUGCUUUCCAGCAUAAAGAACCCAAGUUUUUACUAUGUUCGGAUGAUAGGGCUUGGAGUCGGAGGCAUUCGGCUACCUAUUUCCGAAGAUAUUUUUCAUCUAACAGAAUUAGGUGAUGGAGGAGUGAUCAUAGACUCGGGGACCACCGUGAGUAGAUUUCCAAAAGUAGCUUAUGAAGCAUUCCGUGAUGCUUUUAUUGCACAAACCAUGGACAUCCCUCGAGCACCCGGAGUGGAUUUGUUUGAUACUUGUUUUAGCCUACCCAACACAAUAGAUGUGCCAUCAGUGUCUUUCCAUUUCUGGAGUGAUAUUGGUGAGGUAUCACUCGUGAUUCCACCAAGAAACUUUCUUGUUGCUGUAGACAAUAUGGGAACAUAUUGUUUUGCUUUCGCUCCAUCACCUGCCUCAUUUUCCAUCAUCGGGAAUAUCCAGCAAGAGCAGAUCAAGAUUUCAUAUGAUACAGUUGGUAGAACUUUGGGAUUUGGUCCUAACCUUUGCAUGUAAGGGACAGGGUUUUUUUUUUUCAUUUUUUUUUUCAAAGAAUCAAGUGAAAGACAAUAUGUGAACUAUGUUGUUAUUAAGGCAUUAUGUGAACUAUGUUGUUAUUAAGGCAUUUAUAAAUAUAUUUAUGUUGGCUUUGCUUUCAUUUCAAGUGCUUCCCAUUAUUUGAGUUUCAUUAAACUGAUAUUACAAAAUUGUGCAAUGUAAUAGUUAUAACUGAUGGGUCAAAUUUUUAAUUCAUCAUUUAAAGUAGAAAUAAAAAAUUCCGUAGAAUUUUUCUUGGUACAAAUGAAAAAUGUAAAAUGAAGUGCUGCUUUUUUGUCACUUGAUCCAUCUUGGCAAUGCUCGAGAGGACUAGUUUCAAAGUUCAAAGAAACAGAAAGGGAUCGUGUUGGUCAUGAACCAACUGCAAAGGGCAAUGUGUGAAAUACUGUGUAAGCCAGCUAGCUCAAUUAGGCUUCUUCAUUUCAUGCAUACAAUUAUCCGAUUGUCGUUGAACAACUUUAAGGGAUUGGAGCUUGAUUGUAAAUAACUAAAUAUUGUUCAU